AUGCAGGCCGCGAAUGCAUGUUCACCCGUCCAAAAAAAGAGAACGAAAAAACGAGGUGUAGUCUUGACAGACACGGUGGUCUCUGCCCCUCCUUCCCCUGCCGCGGCUGCAAUACCUGUGUCUGUGGCGGGGCCAUACCACUACUACACGGAUCCAACGAAGUAUACCUAUGACUUGUUUUUCUCUUCAGCCAGAGGGAACGCGUUGCACAGUAAUUCUGUCACCGGGAUACCGUCAAGAAUGAGUUCCACAGUUUCGUCUGCGGUUCCCAGCACGACCGACAGGAACCGCAUGGAAUCAAAUCAGACAGGCACCGUCCGAAGAGAAGAAGCGUGCACGAGCACUAAUACAGACCAGAGGCGAGAAGCAGGAGUUAAGGCCGCUGGUGCACCAGCAGCAGUUGUUUCUUCGUAA